AUGGGUGACGACAGACUCUCUGAACACCCCAAGCCCAUGGAAUUUCUCAACCUCUAUUUGGGAGACAACCUGCAGCCCAGCCCAGAAGCACACCUGAGGGAAACGUGCAGCCUUCCUGACCCUCCCGAACCUCGUGGGGAACAGACCUGGGCCUCUGAGCCUCCUGAGAGGCCGGAUGCUCUGCCCUCAUCCCAGGGGGAGCCCAGGCACAAAUUGGCGGCCCCCGGGUCACCCAGGAACAGCCAUCCUCUGGGGAGCCCGAGGCAGAGCCAGAGCACGUCCACCCAGGUGGUAUUCUGGGCAGGCAUCCUGCAGGCCCAAAUGUGUGUCCUGGACCUGGAGGAGGAGCUGGAGAAGACAGAGGGGCUCAGGGCUGAGCUGAGGUGCUGCCUCCCUGCGGCCCCUGUGGAGCUCCCCCCUUUCCCCUCCAGCCCCGCAGGCCCCCGGAGCUCAGGCCUCCACCCCAGGUUACCGGUGGAGGUGGCCCCAGGGGGAGACAGCAGUGGCCCUGAGGGGGAGAACCAGCACUCUGUGUGGCCAAGGGAGGGAGGGACAGACUCCUCCCCGGAGUGGGGUGCUGAGGAGGAGAGCAUAUUCUUCGACAAUCCCCUCUUUUUGGAGAGCCCUUGCUCGGACACCAGUGCUUCUGGAGCUCGUUUUUCCUGGGGGUUCUCAGACUCCCGCACGGAUGUGAGACCUGAGCCCCAGUGUCGCCAGAUCCCAGAGCCUCCACUCGCAGGAGGGGGAGUGCUGUGGGAACUGGACAGUGAGCCAGGUUUCGGGGAUGGCGCAGCUGAUGACAGCGGACACACCACGCCUUCAUUCCCUGUGCCCACCUACAAACCUCACUCCUUCUCGUGGACUGUGGAGGGUGAGGCCACCAAGGGGACCCCUGAAGCACCUCCUGACUGGGGGGAGAGUGAGACUUCUCUGGCAGACAGUCUUGACCCCGCCCCACUUGCAGCAUCCUGUGUGGACAAAGCAUUGACCUGGGAAACAGGACAAGUCAGAUCUGAUCCCAGCUCUGCCAUACAGCCUGUGCAACCUUGGGCCCUGCCCAGCCCGGAAGGCUGGCAGACAGAAGAGGGUCCUUCCUGGCCCCAGGUGCCUCCGAUCUCCCAGGACCGAGGUGACAGUGAUGCUGAGUGUCCCCAGGAGUCUGCUCUGCGCACCUUGGCUCCUGGCCCCUGGGGGAGCCCAGCCUCAUCACCGGAGCCUAGUAGCCCCGAGUCUGAGAACAGAGGCCCUGGCCCCAGGCCCAGCCCCGUGUUCUCCCGGGAAGGCAGCCCAAAGCCCCGGUGUCCCCACUGGGACAGCAGUCUUCCUGAGCCGACGCUAGAUGCUUCACGCCCUUCACUCUUGGAGACAGAUAGGGCAGAGCCACGUUUGCUGGAGAAAGAGGAGGCAGGAGAGGCCUGGAGUGAAGGCCCAGCCAGGACUCCAGAGGCGGGAGCCGUCCAGCCUGGCGCUUGCUUGACCUCUGCAGGAGGGCUUCCCGAGAGCCCCAUGCCCCAAGCACAGUCCCUGGAGGAAGGCCAAAGGCCCCAGACUGGAGACAAGCUGGCUAAUGGUAACAGCACCGACAAGGUGGCCUGGAACUUGGCCUCUCGCCUCUAUCACCUGGAAGGCUUCCGGAAGUCUGAAGUGGCUGCCUACCUGCAGAAGAACAAUGACUUCAGUAGGGCCGUGGCUGAGGAGUAUUUGUCUUUCUUCCAGUUUGGAGGCCAGAGCCUGGAUCAAGCCCUCCGGGUCUUCCUCCAGGCCUUGGUGCUCAGCGGGGAGACUCAGGAGCGAGAGCGAAUCCUCUACCAGUUCUCCAAACGCUUCCAUGACUGCAAUCCCGGGGCCUUCUCCUCCGCAGAUUCCGUUCACACCUUGACCUGUGCCAUCAUGCUCCUCAACACGGACCUGCACGGACAGAACAUUGGGAAGAGCAUGAGCUACCAGGAAUUCAUAACCAACCUGAACGGCCUGCGGGACGGCGGGAACUUCCCGAAGGAGCUGCUGAAGGCCCUCUACUGGUCUAUCCGAAGUGAGAAGCUUGAAUGGGCCGUGGAUGAAGAAGACGCAGGCCGAGCAGAGAAGGCCCAGGUGUCUCCCCCCACUGGCAAGAUGAGCAACCCCUUCCUCCGGCUGGCCCAGAGCCCCACGGCGCCCACCUACAAGCAGGGCAUCCUGGCUCGGAAGAUGCAUCACGAUGCGGAUGGCAAGAAGACGCCGUGGGGCAAGCGCGGCUGGAAGAUGUUCCACACCUUGCUUCGAGGGAUGGUCCUCUACUUCCUGAAGGGAGAGGACCACUGCCCCCCUGCAGGGGAGAGUUUGGUGGGACAGAUGGUGGACGAGCCCGUGGGGGUGCACCACUCGCUGGCCACGCCGGCCACCCAUUACACCAAGAAGCCACACGUCUUCCAGCUGCGGACUGCUGACUGGCGCCUCUAUCUCUUCCAGGCUCCCACUGCGAAGGAGAUGAGUUCCUGGAUUGCGCGCAUCAACCUGGCGGCCGCCACGCACUCGGCGCCGCCCUUCCCCGCCGCGGUGGGCUCCCAGCGCAGAUUCGUCCGGCCCAUCCUGCCUGUGGGCCCUGCCCAGAGCUCCCUGGAGGAGCAGCAUCGAUCCCACGAGAACUGCCUGGACGCUGCCUCCGACGACCUGCUGGAUCUGCAGAGGAACUUACCCGAACGGCGGGGCCGCAGCCGGGAGCUGGAGGAGUACCGCUUGAGGAAGGAGUACCUGGAGUAUGAGAAAAGCCGCUACGAGACCUACGUGCAGCUGCUGGUGGCCCGUCUGCACUGCCCCUCGGAUGACCUGGACCUGUGGGAAGAGCAGCUGCAGAGGGAAGCCGGAGGCACUCAGGAGCCCAAGCCCAGCCUGAAGAAGUCCCACUCCAGCCCCUCCCUGCACCAGGAAGAGGCCCCCACCACAGCCAAGGUGAAGCGCAACAUCUCAGAGCGCAGAACUUACCGGAAGAUCAUACCCAAGAGGAACCGCAAUCAGCUCUGAAGCUGGCACCACCACAUGGACUCUGGCCCUGUGUUCGGGGCGGGGGGGGGGGGGACCUGAGAUGAGACCCCAUGGAGGAGCCUUGUUUCAGGGUCCGUGUUGGGGGAUGAGGCCCUCCCCUUUCCCGCUGAAGGACAGGCCCUGUUUCUCUGCAGUCCUCACUGGAGCUUUCCUAAUACUGCUGUGCCGACCCCCACGGCAGCCCCAGCUGCCCCAGUCCCUGCUCACUCCCAAGGGAGGACAGAGGUCAAGGGUUUGGCUGCACUCCCAUGUCACCCUCCCCCGUUCCACAAUCCAGAGUGGCCACAUUUCUUGGGCCUGGGGGCAGCUCGGUGGUUAUUUGAGAAUCCGAGCCCCCGCGGGCCCUGAGCUUCCAGGAGGGAGGCUGGGGCAAUGGAAGCCUCUGGGCAGUCAAGCCAGGGGAGCCACAGCCCUGAGGAUGGUUUUGCUCUGGGAGUCAGGUGACCUGCAGUGAGAGGUCCUGGGAGACCCCAGCCAGCCUCAGGUGACUGAGAGAGCAGGGUGGCUCGACCCCGCCCCCUGACAGGUAGGCCUUGGGGCGGGGGGGGGGGGGGGGGGGGGGGGGGGGGGGGGGCUUCGAGGAUAAACUUGGUGAGGCUGACUCUGGGGCCCUGGGCCUUUGUGUCCUUUCUCCCUACAAUCAUCCAUGCACCCAGGGCAGAUGAGAGAGGCCCCACCUCACACACCCAAUUGCUAAUCCUCAGAGCAGAGCCCUUGGUGGUCAGUGAGGGCCAGAAGGGGUUGGGGCCUCCAGAGCUCCAUGGAGAGCCAUGGGAACAAGGGGCCUUUGUUUCCCCAGAGCAGGGAGGGAGGUCCUCCAGGUUCGGACCCCUGGGAGAGGCCGAGAGGCAAGAGGCCGUGAUACAUCCCCUGAGGUCUCUCUUGGAAGGAGCUGGUCUGAGAGCUGGGAGAGCCAGGUAGAAGGCUGGCUCCCUCCCACACACCCCAUCCCAUAAAGUUGCAUUCCCAAGGAGGGGCACCAGGGCACCUUCCAGACCCCCCUUCCUCCCCACCAGCUCUCAGGGGGCUUUGCUGCCCUUCCUGGGCAGUCCCCCUGUGCUGCCCUCUGGCUGCCUCCCAGCUGGGCUCUGGGGGAGGUUCCGGACACUCACGGACCUCAGGCUCUGCCUGUGGGAAGGAGGCUGGGUUGGCGAAGCAGCCACCAUUGUCUCUGUUCAGCCAAGUGUGCGAGCAGGCUGCCCGCCAAGAGGGCCGCUGCUGCCUGUCUGCAGCCUGCUGGCUGGCGCACUGCUCUCCAGCCUUCCUGCCAGGGCCCCUCUCCUCCCAUCUGUGCUGGAAGCCAGCCCUGGGGUCUGGAAUGCCACCAAGUGGGGCUGGCCCUUAGGGACCACAAGGGGUGUCUGGCCAGGGCUCAGGGCCGGGCCGGGUACCCAGUGGGUGCACAAUACAUGCAGGCCAGUGAAGAAGGAGGUGUGCACAAAUGUGUCAGGAAGGGAGGGUCAGGCAGAUGUGCGCAGCUGGAGCCACCUGCAGGGGGCCAGGCUGGGUGUCCCUCCCCCCCCCCCCCGGGCGCAUCUGUGCCUAUGCAGGUCUAUGUGCCUGUGUAGGGGUGUGUGUGCGUGCGUGUGUGUGUGUGUGGAGCACUGCGCGCGCAGACUGUCAGAGCCUCAGGGGGCCUCAAUCAUUUGUUCAUCCACUCAUUUGUUCAUACAUUCAUUUCACAAAUAAUAUUGACCACUUUUUAUGGGCCAGGACGAGGGCAUUCCAGAAUGACUGAAACACAUCUCUGGCCUCCCGGAGGUAACAAUCCUGUUCUCUGGUUCCUUGCUUUCAUAUGGAGGCACACUUCAUCUUGCUGGGGAGACAUGCUGAAGACACAUUCCCACCCUUUGCUCAGGGAUUCGGAUUCAGUAGAUCUGGGUCAGGGGCACGGAUAUAUAUUUUUAAAGCGGCUUGGGUCACUGAUGUGCAGUUAAUAGGUGAAAACCUAGCAUCAGGUUGAUGUGACUUGCCCCAGGACUGACAUAAGCUUGGCCUUGAGUGGGUUAUUUGAUCUCACUGAACAUGUAUCCAUAUUUCUAAAACCAGAAUAAAAGGUGGAGGUUUGUCUGCA